AUAUUCUCUCAAAGCCUUUACCACUCUUUACCGGUGCAGUUUACUGUAAUCAAUCUUCACCAAGAUUUUUGCUAGAAUAUCAUCCCUCCUUGCUUAUGCCCAGAUUCGUUCUCCUGUUGUGGGAUGACCUUCCCUCCGAGAUUGUCUCCAAAAUCGUGGCUUACCUUCCUAAACUCACCCUUGAAGUGCUAAUGAGAUCAGAGAACGAGCGGAUUGCUGUCAUGGCUUGCAGAUCGUACUACGAGUGCAUCGAAUUGAGGUUCUGCGAACCAAAAAUGCAGGGUAUCCAGAAGCCCAUCGACCUCUCCGCGAUCCAGAUUUCGGUUCCCGAGUUUGAAGCUCUCACCAAGAGAAAUGAUCUCAGCCAGUUACAUAUCAAGAAGCUCUACGUUUCGGUUCUAAAUGGGAUCAAGAACUUUAGUUUCCUUCGCGGAGAGACAUUUGCCAAAGUGUCAGCCGUGCUCUCGGACGUGAUUAUUGACUUGCAGUCGUAUUCCGAAAUGGAGGCGUUUGACUGGAACUGGCUUCCUGCGGAUCCUCAGGUGUGGGAGUGUAUCCGUGCUAUCACCAUCUUGGACCACCGUAUUAACCCAAACAUUCCGCCGUUACCCUCGAAACUUCGUAAGCUCAAAAUAACACAACGCGACCAUGCCGUUGCCAUUAAGACUAAUGCGCCAAUCUUUGAGCUUCCACCGAGACUUUGCGAAUUGCACCUCUGCAUUCCCUGGAUGCCAAUGUCCCUGUACGGAGAAAUACCUUCAUCGUUGGAAGUAUUGACCUUGAUCACGGUCAAGGAUUUUUCCGUCCAGCGGUUUAACGAGUUAAACUUGGCGAACUUGAAAUUUUUGCGCUUGCAAACGAUUAAGACUGUGGGGCAGAUUGAUGAGCUGUUUGAGAUGCCGUUGCUGUUGGAGGAGCUUGAGCUCUGUCACUGCAGCAUUAACCGCUUCCGGCAGGGAGAAAUGCCACCAAACUUGAAGGCCCUAUAUGUGGUGCAAUGCCCGUUGAGGGAAUUCCGUGCCGGAACCCUUCCUGACACCCUCACCUCGAUUAGGUUUCACAACACAAAGCUUCUGUCGUCCGAAGUUCGAGCGAUGAAAUUCCCUCCAAAAUUGAGGAUAUUGGAAAUUGUGCAUUCGCUGCUCACGUCCAUUGCUUUUGUGAACGCACUACCAUCUUCGUUGACACGUCUUGUUCUUAAUCACAAUGCCCUUGGUGACCUAAACGAAGCCGAUGGCAUAGACCCCGUUGGUGCCUAUGCGAUUGUGUUCCCCGGAGGUCUCGAAACCUUGCAACUUGAGUAUAACUGGAAGUUUUUCUCUUCCUACCGCCCUAGCAGCCUCGUGUUCCCUCCCUGCUUGAUGGAGUUGGCCCUUACGGGAAUGCACAUGGGCUCGGUGGAAGGGCUACAGCUUCCCCCUCGUCUCAAGUUUCUCAACCUCUCCUCCAACAAAAUUAUCUCGAUCGAAGCGCUUACCAUUCCACCUAGAUUGACCCAGUUAAUGUUGGCAUAUAAUAGCCUUGAAGAGUUCUCGAAAAUCCUUCCCGACUCUAUUGAAACACUAAACUUGUUCAACUCUGGGUUGACCAAGUUGGUAAACUUUCACCUUCCCGUUAACUGCUCCAACUUUGAAAUUUCACACAACCCGUUGUUAAAGAAACUCGAUUUUUCCAACGCUGACGAUCCGUGUUUGAAAAUUCGCUCCCUCCUUUUGAAUCGACUGGACAUUAAUACCCUUGGAGACAUCUCUCCGCUCCCUGAAUGUCUUGAGACCCUUGCGAUACGUGGUUCGUUGAUAAAUACCUUAUCAGGGUUCCGGUUUCCUCUGAGUUUGAAGGUAUUGAAGGCCACCGGAAACCAGAUAACGUCGUUGGAAGGCGCCACGUUUCCUCCAAAUUUGGAGAUUUUACGUCUUUGUAAAAAUAAGAUUACCAGUGUGGCCAAUGUGGAAUUCCCCGCCAGCCUACUCAACUUGGAACUCGAAGUGAAUAAAAUUACAUCUAUUGAUGGAAUUAAAUUGCCCCCAAGGUUAAAGCGCUUCGACGUGGAGAGCAACGCAAUCGCUGCUAUCCGUAACUUACAGCUUCCGGACUCUCUCAGGUUGUUCAGCAUCCUGGGCCAGGAGUGUGAGACACUGGCGAGGAGCCCUGACGACACUACGAGUCCGCUGAGAAUAUCCUCACCGAGAAUAGGGCCCUUGAAGGGGUUAUCGGACAUCUCUGGAUUGGUAAAACUUCCUUCCAAUCUAAAAACUUUGGAGUUAUGCGAGAACAGCCUAACCGAAGAGGGUAUUAGCAACUUGGAAAUACCAGACGGGUUAACCAAUUUACACAUGCAUGGAAACCAGGUGGAGAAUUAUUCCGCCUGGAUUGAAACGAUAAAAGCAAAGUACCCAAACUUGGAAAUCGACGGGGGUGCAGAGCCAGAUUCUGACGGUUCGUUUAUGGAAUCCGAUGACUCAGAUUACUUGAGGUCUGGAGACGGGGAUACAGAGCCAGAUUCCGACGGUUCGUUUAUGUAAUCUACUGUAUAUAGGUAGUGCUAGACGUAAUAUGACUAUCAGCGAAUUAUCCUUACUCCGUUAGACCCCAGGCCUCACCAUGCAAUACUUCGAACGUAACGGCACCGUUUUACAAACUAAUCAAGUCUUCAAGUCUGAGUACUGCUGCAGCACGAUCUGUCAGGUGUACAUAAGAAACAACUGAGACGCUGCGAAACUUAAGUACCAGAUCUGAAUGCACAUCAACUUAAACCCAUAGAGACCUAACUCAGCUUACAAACAGCAAAUAC